GUUGACGUAUCACCUGUGUUCUUGGUGUUUUACAUUCUACUAGAUAUCAAAUAUUAUCAGAGUAAAAUAAUGUAUCGUGUGUUUUUGCUGACAUGGGUUGCAAUAACCGCAGCCCAGAACCCAUACAAUUUAGACACAAGGUCGGUUUCAUUCCCCGGGAAACCAACUUACGGGCCUUUGUAUAGUCCUGGCAUUGGAUCAUCUUCUGGUGGUUACAGAGAUGACAGUUACGAGGAUAAUGUCGUUACACCUACACCGUCACCUACUCCUCUCUAUCGGCCGGCUCAACAACCGAGUUACCGUAAACCAAAUCAAGGCUCAAUAAGUGUCCUCAGUGGACCACGUCAAGGUCAAAUUCGUGGUGCGUCUUAUGGUGUACAGAAUCCCCAGCUAGAAGAGGAACCACUUGAAGAAGAAAAAGAUGAACCAGAUCGUCUAAGUUUACUUUUACCUCAAAGUAAAUUCGAUUGUGUUAAUAAACAAACUGGUUAUUAUGCUGACGAGGAACUUAAUUGCGAAGUAUUCCAUUACUGUCAAGACAAUGCUAAGCACUCUUGGAUUUGUCCAGAAGGUUUUACUUUCCAUCAGGUUCAUUUGAUUUGUAUGCCACCAAAUGGAGAUAUCAGCUGUAAAAAGAGUUCUCAGUAUCAUUUUGUCAACGAAUAUCUUUACAAACCAUUGAAUCUACAAGAAGCUGAAUCAAAGCCAAACGUAACAUUGAGAUACAGCGAACGUUACUUCCCAGGUGACAUUUUCACCGAUGAACGUGAAGGCGAAGAAUAUCAACAGACUCCUAGUCCAAGACGGACACUUCACAACUCCCAAUUAUAUUUGAACCAACCAUCACAGGUAUUGAAUAGCAUUCCCGCAACAGCACGUCCAUCACCGACACCACAAGGUAUUCCACAGUACCGUUUACCAGUUAACCAAGUUUUCCGUAGUCCCGAAGAAGUUAAUAUUCCUUUGCAACAACGACGACCUCAACAACAACAACAGCAACAACAAAUACUCAGAAGGUUUCCUCAAGUACGACCUGACGAAGAAGACUAUGAAAAAUAAUAAUUUUUAUCGUUAAUGGAUUUUUGAUACGCGAAAAAUGAUUUUAAUAUUUUUAUAACUCUGACGAUUAAGAAUUAGAGAGAUACUUUUUUUUACCGCCAUGGUAUUUUGAUGACGACAGUUGAUAGAAAGUUAAUUUUAUUAAUUUUAUUAUUAUUAUUAUUAUUAUUGUAAUUAUUAUUAUUAUUAUUGUAACUAAUAUAAAUAGGAGUUAUUCUUGAUGAAUUGUAAAUAAUUAUCAAU